AUGAGUUGUUUCCAUACAUUAAGAUUCAAACUACGCCAUAUUUUAUGGUUUAACACUUUUGGAGUAUUAACUCUUCUAACGUUAGGAUUCUUAGUCUAUGUAAACCAGGUUGUACACAUCGAUGGCGUCGUUAAAAAUAGUAUUAUCUUUAGAUUCUACCAUAAAAGCAUAACCAGGAAUGAGUCUUAUAUCAGCUUAUAUGAACCGGAUAUUGAACCAGCGCCUGAGAUUCAAGCUUGCGUUCACCCAGUCUUGUCUGUAAACGAUUCAGUUAUGAUGAAAUUUUUCAAGACAUAUCCAAAAAUUGUUUGUGGAGGAGAAGAAAAUUGGAUUUCUGUACAAAACGGAACAAUCCGAUUUUCAGUACAAGCAAAACAAAAUCACAAGAACUUUCAUUGUAAUUAUUUCCCUGUAAUUCGUGGUCCAGGUGAUAACAGUAUUUCCUUCGGUCAACCUAUAGUGAAUAUACGGAACGGUGCUCCAUUAGUAUCAGAUUUUUUCAAAAUUGUGUGUAAGGAUUUCAAGAGGAAUAAAUAUAUAAAUAUCCACGCUGGGAUCCAUGUGAACAAUACCAUAAAGGAACGACUUAAGAUCAUCAAGCCUCCGGCCAACGGGUUGGGUCUGUCUAUUGCCUUGCUUGGCUUUGAUUCCAUGUCUAGAAUGUCAUGGCUGCGUCGCAUGCCUAGAACCAGAGAAUUCUUGGUUAAAGAGUUAAAGGCUAUAGAACUUGAAGGAUAUAAUAUUCUAGGCGACGGUACUCCUGCAGCUCUAUUCCCUAUUCUCACUGGGAAACUAGAACAGGAACUACCAGAGGCCAGAAGAAACGUUGAAGGCGCCAAACCGGUAGAUGACUUCCCUUGGCUGUGGAGAAACUUUUCAAAACAUGGGUACGUCACUUCCUGGGCAGAUGCUCAAAUCAAGAUUGCCCCAUUCAACUACCGGUUACUGGGAUUUCAACACUCCCCAACGGAUUACUUCAUGCGUCCAUUUUAUUUGGCCGUGAAUCCGUUGUAUGGAAAAUUUUCCCCAAAUUGUCAUGGAUCUCUGCCCAGGCAUAUGGUUUGGUUCAACUGGAUCCGGGACAUUUUCUACAUGUAUAAGAAUGACCCCAAGUUUCUCGUUCAUUUUUAUACCCCUCUCAGCCACGAUGAUAAUAAUUGGAUAACUAUGGCUGACGAGGACCUAAGAACUUUCAUAUACGACCUUGAGAAAGGCGGCUUCUUAAACAACACACUUCUGGUCGUCAUGGGCGACCAUGGCGCCCGAUUUGCCGAAGUUCGACGAACCGUUUCCGGAAAGUUGGAAGAAAGAAUGCCCUACGUGAGCCUUCGCUUCCCACCUUGGUUUGAGCUGAAAUAUCCACAUUUGAUCAAGAACAUUCGAACUAACGUCAACAGACUUACAACUCCAUUUGAUCUACACGAAACAUUCAAAGAUUUUCUCUUAUUUGAUGAAGCGGGGUUAGGCGAUGUUAAAAACAGAGGCAUUAGUUUGUUCAAGGAGAUACCCUUAUCCAGAACUUGCGAUCAUGCCGGUGUUACACCACACUGGUGCGCAUGUACUGGGUGGACAAGUGUACCGGAAACAGAUCCACAUGUCAGAAGAGCUUUGCAGACUACUUUGGAGGUACUGAACAAUUUUACAGAUCCUUUCAGAUCUGAUUGUGCCUUGCUCCGCAUUGGUAAUGUUUCAAUGGUUUCGAAAAAGUCUGCUAACGAAGCAGAUAUCUAUCAAAUUACAUUUUUCACAGAACCAGGUAAAGGCGAGUUCGAGGUUACACUAGAACAUGAUACAGCCUCUAACGAGAUAACUUUAAAUUCGAAAUCAAUCAGUAGAAUUAACCAAUAUGGCAAUGACCCGGCUUGUGUUUUAAACAAAAACAGAGAAAUUCGGCAAUAUUGUUACUGCAAUAGUAACUUGAAUGCAAGCCCUAAUUUGACCAAGAGUACUGACUGA